AAUGUUCAGUAGGAAAGGUAGAGACGAAAUCCGUGAUUCCAGUGUAGAGGACCCCUUUUUCGAUCACCCGGCUACGCAAGCGCUGUGAGAUCUUCUGGUUAGAGUAUCCAUUUUGAUCACAUACCAUAAAUCCAAAUUAUGGGAGAUAUCGAGGAUACUCACUUUGAGACCGGUGACUCCGGUGCAUCAGUGACAUUUCCUAUGCAAUGUUCAGCAUUGCGUAAAAAUGGAUUCGUCAUGUUAAAGGGCCGACCUUGCAAGAUUGUUGAAAUGUCUACUUCCAAAACUGGAAAGCAUGGUCACGCUAAGGUCCACCUUGUUGGAAUCGAUAUAUUUACCUCCAAAAAAUAUGAAGAUAUUUGUCCCUCUACUCAUAAUAUGGAUGUACCACACGUAAAACGUGAAGAUUAUCAGUUAACAGACAUUUCCGAUGACGGUUAUUUGACGUUAAUGGCUGAUAAUGGAGAUCUUCGCGAGGAUCUCAAGAUCCCAGAUGGGGAUCUAGGAAUUCAACUACGUUCUGAAUUUGAUUCAGGAAAAGAAUUACUCUGCACUGUUCUUAAAGCCUGCAACGAAGAAGUGGUUAUUGCUAUAAAAGCCAACACUGCCCUCGACAAAUAAUUGUGUUCAGUUCCAACAAGACACAACCUUACCACCCAUUUAGCCAAUCGACAUCUUAACAUUGGUAAAAGCCAAUACAUUCAUCCAACAUCUCAGCUAUGAGAAGACUAAAAAAUAACUUUUUAUCAAAGUAAAAUCUUAAUUUACCAAAAAAAAAAAAAGAUUAUACGCUAAUUGGGUAUACUAUUUAUUAUUCGAAAAGAUCAUGCUAAAGUUUUUUAAGCAGUGUAAGUGAAGUACACUAGAUCAUCGUAAAUUAUUUACGCGUGAUCUAAAGGGGAGAGAUACAAAGAAAUACACACAUAUGUUGUUUGUUAUAUAAAAAGAUAAGGCGAAAAAAACUUUUCCGAGGGUUGAUUGAAAAAUAAAAUUAGAAAAGCCUUGACACUUCCUUUAUUUUUUUUUUUAUUUUGAAACAUUGCCGAUUUCGAAUACAUAUAACAGAUAAUAUAACUCAAUACCGUGGUAAUUUUGUAAUUUGAACAUUUAAACUUAUAUUUAAAUGCAUGAGACACUUAUCGCCGAUCAGAAUUGAUAAUAAAAUAUACAGACUGCUGUGAGGAACAAUUUUUCAUGCAAAAAAAAGAGAUAACUUAAGAGAUUUAUCCGAUCUCAUAAUAAAAAAUAUUGAACGCGAUAUAUUGUCAAUGAUACAAUAAUUUAAAUAAUUAAAAAAUAUUAGAAAACUAAAAAAGAUAAUAAAAACAAAAAAAAGAAAUAAGUCUUUCUAAUUCCCAAAUUUCAAGCUAGUAGUAUUCUAAUUCUAACAUUAAUUACGGUAAUUAAUCAUAAUUUUUAUAUGCUGCACAGUACUAAUAUAUUAUUUUCAGCUUUUCAAUUUUCAACGAAAUAAAAAAAACAUGUUGAAAUUGCUGGAAACGUAGUUAAUAUUUGAAAAAAAAAAUUAAUAACUAAUAAGUAUAUUAAAUUCAAUAAUUUAAUAACAAUAAAAAAGAAUAUUAAUAAAAUAAUGCAGCAGUUGAAAUUUUUUAUUAGGUCUUUAUAAGUCCUUAGGCCUAUAAAAUCCAAUUAAAAACCAAACUUUUAUUCUGUGGCAGUCUUUUCAAAAUAUAUACUAGUUUAGAAGGAUAUUUUUACAUAUAAAUUCUUUCAUAAUUAUCAUGAAUGGAUGUUGAGGAUAAUAUCUCACGGAAUAAUGACACAAUAAAAAUUUGAAAAUGUGUCAAUUUUUAAUAGUAAUACAAUUUGUUAUUAAAAGAAAAUUUGUUUUCCACAAUCGCUUGAAUACAUAUUAUAAACUGAAUAACUAAAAUAGUUAUUAACUUGCCUUUUCUUAUGUGGAGUAAGUACAUAAUAAUGCUACCUGUACCCAAAGAGGUAGAUAAAUUUAAAAGACUGGGUUUAUGUCUAAUGAUCUUUCUUCUGAAAUGAAAUGUAAUAAUUCAUUCAUUAAUUAUCUCAAACAAAAUCCAAUUUAUUAUUAAAAAAAAAAAAAAAGAAUUCGUAUCAUUGACGGUCCUUUAACGACUUUUUUUUUAUUUGUAUAAAAAAUUGUUCCAAGGUUUACAGCCCGAAAUAUUUGAAAAAAAGAAUUUAGUUAUUAAAAAAAAAAAUAAUGAAACAAUACAAAGCCAGACAAAAUAAAUAUAUGUUAAUAAUCCAUAAAUAUUACUUAAAUUUUCAUUGGAAGAUAAUGAUAUUUAUCUUCCUCCGAAACUUUAGUAUAUGCAAUAUGGUUUUAAAAAACCGUAAUCCAGCUAUUGUAAUCUAAGCUAAAAAAAAAAAAAAAAAUUACCUAACAAUUAAAAAUAAAACAAAAU